CAGAGCUGAAGCGGCGGAGGUGUGUGGUGGAGCGGGCCUGGGCAGACGCGGGCCGAAGCACCUGCCUCAGCGGCGGCGGCUCCGGGGCGGGGGCGCCAGCGGCGAAACCCCCUCCCCGGGGAGGCAGGGCCGGGCCGGCACCUGGGAACCAUGCAUCAGAAGCUGCUGAAGAGUGCGCACUAUAUCGAGCUGGGCAGCUACCAGUACUGGCCGGUCCUGGUGCCCCGCGGCAUCCGCCUCUACACCUAUGAACAGAUCCCGGUGUCCCUCAAAGACAACCCCUACAUCACCGACGGCUACCGUGCCUACCUCCCCUCCAGACUGUGUAUCAAAAGUUUGUUUAUUCUAUCCAAUGAGACGGUAAACAUCUGGAGUCAUUUGCUGGGGUUUUUUCUCUUCUUCACCCUGGGGAUAUAUGACAUGACAUCCGUGCUGCCUUCGGCCAGCGCAUCCAGAGAAGACUUUGUGAUUUGCUCUAUUUGUCUUUUCUGCUUUCAGGUUUGCAUGCUUUGCUCGGUGGGGUAUCAUCUUUUUUCCUGUCAUCGGUCAGAAAAAACUUGUCGGAGAUGGAUGGCAUUGGAUUACGCAGGGAUUUCUAUUGGAAUACUGGGCUGCUAUGUCUCGGGAGUAUUUUAUGCAUUUUAUUGCAAUAAUUACUGGCGUCAGGUGUACCUGAUCACCGUGCUUGCGAUGAUCCUGGCAGUGUUCUUCGCACAGAUCCAUCCCAGUUACCUCACACAGCAGUGGCAGAGGCUCCGCCCCAUCAUCUUCUGUUCUGUUUCGGGAUAUGGAGUGAUCCCUACUCUUCACUGGGUUUGGCUCAAUGGAGGAAUCAGUGCUCCUAUAGUACAGGACUUCGCACCCCGAGUAAUUGUGAUGUACGUGAUUGCUCUUCUUGCUUUCCUGUUCUACAUUUCCAAAGUCCCAGAACGGUACUUUCCAGGACAACUAAACUACCUCGGAUCAAGCCACCAGAUCUGGCAUGUCCUUGCAGUAGUGAUGCUGUAUUGGUGGCAUCAGUCAACAGUGUAUGUCAUGCAGUACAGACACAGCAAGCCUUGCCCUGACUAUGUUUCCCACCUGUGACUCCAGGAGUUAUUGCUGAGUCCCCCUGAAAGAUCUACUGUUUAGAAGGAAAUGGAGCAGCACCAAAGGGGUCUAGUUCGACCGACUGGGACUGUUGUGAAGUGACGCUUUGCACCACGAGUUCUGUGAAGGGCACGGCACCAAAGUCAUCCAUUCUCAAUGCGUCUGCACUGUGGAAUGACCCAUGUACUGAAUUCUGUCGUGGCCUCCCAGGCAAAAUGGUGUUGUGAUCAACACAGAUGUCGCUUAGGCUCUGAUGGGACUGGUGCCACAAGUCUGGAGGAUGAAAAGGCUUGGCACCAAAAGGGUCCAAUAGACUCUCGUCAGGUUGCAGGACACUGGCCCUGUCUUUGCCAUCAGUCAGCGCGACGCUGAUGUUCUCCUUGGAGUCUGAAAUGGUUAAAAACUCAUUGCUGCUUUGUGAGUCUCUGCGGCCCACCUUCUUGUGUCUGCGGGUCCUCUCGGGCGUGCGGUAGGGAGGCUUCAGAGUCUUCUUAGCGCUGGUGGGCGUGCCGUGAUGGCGCUUCCCGUUGCUUUUGGAUACAUCCUGCUUUGUGCGUCUCUGGCGAGAGGACAGUUUCUGCAAGCUGCGUUGCUUGACUUUUUGCUGCUGCUGACUCCCGGUUAUUUCCUCAAAGGGCACGAGCCCAAAAACAUCCUCCUUGCUUUCACUUUUACUGGCUGACAUGGAAAAUGGCUGAAAGGGAGUGGAGCCAAAUAUAUCUACACUUCUGGGCCGUGCAGGAAGAGGAUGUGUGUCUGGCCCCACUGCGGGCCAGUCCUGUACGUUGACCUUCUUGUUGAAGGGUGCCUUUGUAAACACGUCGAAGUCCUCCUGCUCUGGAAAUGCCUGCUGGGAGAGGUUCUUCCCAUUCCCUCUGUGCUGCAGCUGUGGAGCAGGCACUGCAAAGAAGGGAACAGCACCAAACACAUCGAACUCCUGACUGGGAGUCAGAGCAUCAGCUGGUGAAUGGGCAGGGGUCAGGAGUGCUGUGUUCGGGGCACCGCCAGGUUUGUCUCUACGCAGGGAGCUCGAGUCUCCUCCCCUGGCUUUUGUCUGUUCACACUCUGAGUCAGAGCUGUGUUUGUCAUCCUCUUCUUCAUCUUCGGAGUCCAUGAGUAAAGGCCUGUGACCUAGGU